CCCGAUCCGUCUCUAGUUAUUAAAUGAAUGAAAGUAGCUGGUAGAGACGUACACACAUAAAUAAUAGGAAUAUAUUUAGUUAUAUGCCUAAUAAAGAUUGGCACAACAUACGUCAUAUUAGACACAAAAAAUAGAAUAAUAAUCUUUUUCGUCCGCGAAAUUUAAAUAAAUAUAAAAUGGAGGUGCAACCACAACAAGAAGCUGACGACGAUGUCACGGCUACUAACAACAACAACAAUGCUGCAGACGCCUGUUCAAAUUCUGCACUAACCCUGGAUCUGAACAAAAUUGACUUACCUACCUUUAGGCAGAUGAUCAAGCCUUACUUACAAAGGCACCAGCUUGAAACAGCUUUAUUCUGGUAUGACAAAUUAGUGACAUUGUCAAAAGGAAAUCCGCAAGAUGUUUACUGGUAUGCAGACACCCUAUACAAAUCAGGCCAGUACCACAGAGCCUCCAAACUGCUUGAGAGAUACAAACUUGAUGAGAGAUGUGUUUCAGGGAGGUACUUGAAAGCCAAGUGUCAUUACGAGUCGAAAGACUUCCAAGAGGCCCUGAACAUUCUGCAGGAUUUUGAUGAGAGCGAAAAAUCCAAAGAUAUAAAAAGUGAAAAUAUUGAUGGCAUACCAAAAAGUGAUGCCUCAUUGGAGAGUGCAGUCUUGUUAUUGAAAGCAAAGAUCUACGAAUGUAUGGAAAACCGAGAGCUGGCACUGUCCUGCUACAAAAAAUCGUUAAAGUUGGAUGUGAGGUGCUUUGAGGCUUUCAACAACCUCAUCCAACAUCAAAUGCUCAGUGCUCCUGAAGAGAAGAAACUAAUGCAGCAGUUGAACUUCAACUUAUGUGAGGAUGAGUCCGAGAGAACACUCACCAAGUACCUCUACAGGAAGAUGCUUAAAAAGUACAACAAGCCACAGGACGUUUCAAAUGAGAUAGACCAACUUAACGACAACUUCGACGUUUUGGUGUCGAAGGCAGAACAACUCUUUUACAACUGCGAGUUCAACAACUGCUUCAAAAUAACCUCUGGGAUCUUGAAAUCAGAUCCAUACAAUCCAUCCUGCUUGCCUGUCCAUAUAGCUUCAUUGGUGGAACUCAGAAAAACAAAGGAGUUAUUCUACCUCGCUCACAAGCUCGUCGAUUUGUAUCCCAAUAAAGAAAUAUCCUGGUUUGCAGUCGGCGCCUAUUACUUCCUCAUCAACAAGCACGAACCAGCCCGCCGGUACCUCAGCAAGUCGACCACCUUGAACAGAGUGUUCAGUCCAGCCUGGCUCAUGUACGGGCACUCAUUCGGUGUCGAGAACGAACACGACCAGGCCAUGGCUGCAUACUUCUCGGCGUCUAAACUCAUGGAAGGCUGCCACCUUCCCCUCCUAUACAUCGGGCUGGAGUAUGGACUGACCAACAACUCUAAAUUAGCAGACCGGUUCUUCACUGAGGCGCAGAAGAUAGCUCCCGAAGACCCGUUUGUUCUGCACGAGAUUGCAGUCAUUGCAUUUCAAAAUCAACAAUAUGCAGAAGCUGAGAAUCAUUUCUUGAAUGCAUUGAACAAGUUUGUCGCAUCACCUCAAAGCUUGAAGUCAGACAAAUGGGAGCCUCUAUUUAAUAAUCUCGGUCAUGUCAGCAGGAAGCUCAAGAAAUUUCAGAAUUCUAUAAAGUACCACAAAGAAGCUCUCACCUUGCUUCCCAACAAUUCUUCAACGUACUCAGCUCUUGGUUACACAUAUGCUCUCAGUGGCGACUACCAGUCGUCCAUCGAUUGCUUUCAUAAGUCUCUGGCAAUACGCAAAGAUGAUGCCUUCACGACGACGAUGCUCAACAUGGUCGUCGAACAUUUCAUGAAUGAAUACAAACCAUAUCCAGAAUUUUCAGACGCCCUCCCGUUUUUUACCCCUGCCGACACCAUUCCAAAAUAUCUUGGGAGUUCAAAAGUUGAAGUGACGAAGAGCGAAAGUAGCAGCAUAACGCUCGAUGACACGGAAGAACCGCUAGCCGUCAAGGAGGUCUCCAUGAUCCAAGACGAGGAAAUGGAAGAUGUUUGAUAUUCUGAUUGACGAUAUCAGUCUUUUUCUAGUUAUAAUGAAAUUAAAUCGCAUUAUUCAAUUCAACUGAUCACUUUCGAUACUUUCAAUAAAUUCUGUUCUUGCCUUUUGUUAUAUAAAAAUGCAACGACUACAGUCCCAAAUUUCGUGCUAUACUUUUCUGACACAAUAAACCGGAAUCACUUUCA